CCCGAUGUACGGCUUCAGUGGCAUAUUGGGGCAGCAUUGGGAGCGUUUUGUUGGUGGCAGAUCCCUACCGUCCCAAACUUGCCCAUGGCCCUAGCAGUGCGCUGUUUUGCGCCUCCCUCUCCUGAGACUGAGAGAGCACUCCUCCCUCGUUAAAGCCUCUCUAAUGGUGAUUCGCGGUUCACUUGCAAAACCAUGCCAAAACCCUAAUCUGUUCGAAUUUGUUUUCUAUUCUCUUCCUACAAGUCUCUCUCGAUUUUGAUUCUCGAUCUCUGGGUUUCAGUCGCCAUGGCUGAUUUUCAGACAUCGACCCAUCGAGCUAAAUGGAUUUUCACCCCACACGAUCUGAUGGAAAAAUACCAAGCUACUAAUCAAAGAGCUAUAAAAACACUGGAGCAGUUUGGAGCAACACGUAUUGAAGUAGAUGUUGAUGGAUCACUGUCUUACCCAGAACCUCAGCUUGAUGGAAAAAAUCAUGCUGAAAAGCAUUCCCUUCCAAAGCCACUUAAUACUGAAGAAGAGAAACUCAUGCGGGUAUUUUAUGAACACAAGAUUCAAGAAGUUUGUGGAGCCUUUGGAUUCCCACAUAAAAUUCAGGCAACAGCCAUCUUAUACUUCAAAAGGUUUUAUCUGCAAUGGUCUGUCAUGGAGCACCACCCAAAACACAUAAUGUUAACUUGCAUAUAUGCAUCAUGUAAAGUAGAAGAAAAUCAUGUUUCCGCAGAGGAGCUUGGUAAGGGGAUUCAACAGGACCAUCAAGUGAUUCUCAAUAAUGAGAUGAUAGUUCUUCAGAGCCUCGGAUUUGAUCUUAUUGUUUUUACACCAUAUCGGUCAAUUGAAGGCUUCAUUGAUGAUAUGGAGGAGUUUUGUCAAGCUAAGAAUGGCCAGCUACAAAUGUUGAAGGAUUUACGAGAAACUUCCAAGUUGGAGGUAGAUAAAACAAUGCUUACAGAUGCACCACUUCUCUUCCCUCCUGGACAGUUAGCAUUGGCUGCUCUACGUAGGUCAAAUGAGGUACACAGAGUCCUCGAUUUUGAGAGAUACCUGGAGAACAUCAUCUCUCGUCAACAUUCUGCACAUAGCAUUUUGGAGCUUACUGAAUCACUGGAUGACAUAGACUCCUGGGUGAGGAAACUCAAUAUUCCUACCACCAAAGAUAUGAGGCACAUUGAUCGGAAACUCAAGUCAUGUUUGGAUCCAACCUCACAGGAUGAGAGUAAGAAGCGGGACAAAAAAUCAAAGCACAAGUCCAAAAGAACUUCCAGUGAAAUGCAAGGCAUGCCUUCUGUUGCUCCAUUGUAAAUAUACUUUUUCUUCACAUUCCUUGAGUUUGAAACAGCUUCAUCAUGUGAAUGUUUACUUUUGCAUACAAUGAACAAUUCUGAAAGCCCAGAGGAAUAUUCUUUGGAGAUGGAGUGUAGAAAAAUUUUGUGAUCCUUAUGUAUACUUGUCAAAUAGCUUGUAACAGUCUGAGAUUGCAUGUAGUUUGACUAACCACAGUGGUAAUAAUGAUAUAUUUCAUCUAUCAAAAAGAGUGGUAAUAAUGACAUAGGUUACUAUUAGUAGUUCAGUACAUGUCAUGGAGAAGGAGACUUUAUGGGUGUAUUAUCAUUGCAAACCAGUUAGCCAUGUAGAAUUGAUAAUGGGGUUCUUUACCAUGGAA